CAAGUAACAAAUACUUUGGGAGUAACGCGCCCCAACACUUAGCAGAGAGAGGAGGGACCCAUGCGCACUUUGUGCCAUUUGAACCAAGUCCCCUCUCCGACCCGCUGUCUCCGCCACCGGAGGCGGGCAAUUAGAGCAGGCGGUCUACAAGAAAAUAGGUCUGCGAUUGCCGAGCAGAUGAAUUAGUUGGCAUCCGCCGUCUGUAUGGAGGCUAAGUUCAGCGCGCAGGGGACAAAAUGUUGGGGAUGUAUGGAGUCACGACGCACGACGCAACGCGGCUCGUCAUGACCUGAAGUGAAUCACGAUGGGAUUUCUUUAGUGACGUGAAAUUUAGGUUGCAAUUAGGCAUGGCUCGCGCGCUCCAUAUUUACCAGCAGCUGUAGCCAUAUAGCUGCCUUUUUUUUUACCCCACUUUUCAUCACCUCUCUCUCUUUUUUCUCUUCGCCUUGCUUCUUUGGUUUAAUUUAAUUUGAAAUGCAGCAAGCUUCCGUUAAAAGCACAAAUUCCACUGCGCCGUGAACUUGCGCAAAGUGUCUUGCACUAUUUUUUUUCUUCUUCUCCUUCUUCCUGAGAGAGAGCGGCUGCGCUUUGCGCUGCUGAAGAAACCAAGUGUUUGCGGAUUUCUCUGCGGAGACGCUGCUUCGUGCACCUGUGGGCGCCGCAAAAAGGAAAGGAGCACCGAGGACGCGCUUUGUGUUUCAAUUUUUUUUUUUUUUUUUAAGGGGCUCUCCUGUCGAAUAAAGCGUCUGUCGGAUGCACGGCAGGAUUUGCAGCAGUCGGAGAGGUCCAGUCACAUUCAGCACCACAUCAGCUUUGAACAGCUCCCGGUCGUCGCGUGUGGAUGGGCUCUGUCGGUCUCCGUGUCUCGUGCAGCUCCUAACUACCGGCAACAAUGGCAUCACACGGUUUCUGGUCUCUUGGCGGAGAUAAUGCGGGGGCCAAUACCGGGAGUCAGAGCCCCAGUACGCCCAGGGCUUGGUGCCAAGCGGCGGCCCAGAAAUUAUCCGGAGGAAUUGGAUCGAAAUUAUGUGCGCUGCUCAAUGUCGGGGAGGUGGAGAAACCAGCCGAGCCUGGAGACAAGCAGCCGCCGCAGACUGCUGCUGGAACCUGCGGCUGCAACAAAUCCUGCAACUGCACCAAAGCCGCCGUGGUCUUCUCCGAUCUCUAUUCAACAGACCUGUUACCCGCCAUGGACGGUGACGCCAAGACAAUGACCUUCCUGCAGGAAGUUGUGGAUAUCUUGCUGGCCUACAUCGUGGAGUCUUUCGACCGGGAAACGAAAGUUAUCGAUUUUCAUUAUCCAAACGAGCUGCUCCAGAUGAACAACUGGGAGCUGCAGCAUGAGCCGGCGAACCUGGAUGAUAUCUUGAUCAGCUGUCGCGCCACUCUCAAAUACGCCAUUAAAACAGCCCACCCCAGGUACUUCAAUCAGCUCUCCACAGGAUUAGACAUGGUCGGCCUGGCGGCUGAUUGGCUGACGUCCACCGCCAACACCAAUAUGUUCACCUAUGAGGUGGCUCCCGUCUUUGUGCUGCUGGAGUACGUCACCCUGAAGAAGAUGAGGGAGAUCAUCGGCUGGACGGACGGGCGAGGAGAUGGCAUCUUUUCUCCUGGUGGUGCUAUUUCCAACAUGUAUGCCAUGCUGCUGGCUCGCUUCAAGAUGUUCCCCGAGGUCAAAGAGAAGGGAAUGUCGUCUGUUCCCAGGCUGGUGGCCUUCACGUCUGAACACAGCCAUUUUUCAAUCAAAAAAGGAGCAGCAGCUCUCGGCAUUGGGACUGAAAGUGUGAUCUGCAUCAAAGCAGACGAAAGCGGUAAAUUGAUCCCAGCUGACCUUGAGAGGAGAAUACUGGAGGCAAAACAGAAGGGUUUUGUCCCUUUCUUCGUAAGUGCGACUGCAGGGACUACAGUGUACGGAGCCUUUGACCCUCUAAUCGCCAUCUCUGACAUCUGCAAAAAGUACAACAUCUGGAUGCACGUCGAUGGAGCGUGGGGAGGAAGUCUGCUCAUGUCCCGGAGACACAGGUGGAAGUUGGACGGAGUCGAGAGGGCCAACUCCGUCACAUGGAACCCACACAAGAUGAUGUCAGUCCCUCUGCAGUGCUCUGCCCUGCUGGUCAGAGAGGAGGGCCUGAUGCAGAACUGCAACCAGAUGCACGCCUGCUACCUGUUCCAGCAGGACAAACACUACGACCUUUCUUACGACACCGGAGACAAAGCGCUGCAGUGUGGACGCCAUGUGGACAUCUUCAAGCUGUGGCUCAUGUGGAGAGCCAAGGGCACCAUUGGGUUUGAGGCUCAGAUUGACAAGUGCUUGGAGCUGUCGGAGUACCUCUACAACAAGAUCAAAGACAGAGAAGGAUACGAGAUGGUUUUUGAUGGGAAACCUCAGCACACCAACGUCUGCUUCUGGUACCUCCCCCCCGGGAUCCGCUACAUGGAGGACAAAGAGGAGAGAAAGAAACACUUGCACAAGGUGGCUCCAGUGAUUAAGGCCAGGAUGAUGGAGUACGGGACGACCAUGGUCAGCUACCAACCUCAAGGGGACAAGGUCAACUUCUUCCGCAUGGUGAUCUCAAAUCCAGCUGCUACCUUUGAGGACAUCGACUUCCUCAUCGAGGAGAUCGAGCGCCUCGGCCAGGAUCUAUAAGACUCAUCUCACCAAGUCCUCCUGUGCUUUCCCCCUUUGACGGAUGAAUUGUUUGUCGUGAAUGUACCGGUAAACUGGUUUUUCUUUUUUUCUCUCUCUUUCUCUCCUCCAAAGUCACGCGUCUAAGAGUAUAUUUGAGAAAAAGACCCACAGAUAUAUCCAUUAUAUUAUGUAUUGUAGCUUUGCAGUGGGCCGACUUGGUCCGAAGCGGUGUAAAAGUGCUUCUGUCUGCCUCUCCUGUAGUGUAGUAAAUCCCAGAGUAGUGUAAGUGACGUAACUUUAUAUGUACUUUUUUGUGAUAUGAAAAGCUUGUGCAAUAAGUCGAUGAGGAAGAGUUUUAUUUUUGAAUCAUUUCCCAUUUGCCGAGUAUGUCGUUAAGUGCCAAACGUGGUUGUGUUCUGUCGUAACUUUGACGUUUUAAACUUCUGGUUUAAAAGGAAAAUAGCACUUCACCUUACCUCAGCUUAAUCAACUGCCUUUACAUCUGCACACAGUACUUCAAGCAGUGAUUCUGGAUCAAAAGAUACUAAAACUAAUCUCUUAACUGGUGUUGUAUCCCCCCCCCCACACCCCCCUACUGCACUGCGGACGUAAACAGAAGGAAAGGGACGAUUUUAAAAUGACACGGCGUGAAUUUAUAGUCAUGUAAAUCCAUCCUCUGCCUUUCACAGUUUAAUCUGCAGCUUAUCGCUCCAUUCUGCUAAUGUUUAUCACUUCUACGGCUUUUUGCUGUGUCCUCAUGCCAGCUAGCGACAUGCAUUCGUUAAAAUCAGAAUCCCCUUUUUUUUCUGCAGUGUUGCACAUGUAUUGCAGAAGAUGCGCUAUUCAAGAGUUCAGUAUCGUCUUGUAUGACAGGAUUGUUGGCUAGGGAUGGGCGUCGAUAAGAUUGUAAUGAUACCGAUGCCAUUAUCGAUUCUGUGUAUCGAUCCGAUUCUUUAUCGAUUCCUUCUGAGAAUUUUUGGUUUAGAAAAAGUAGGUGGUGGUGGUUUCGUGUAAACAACAGAACAAGAGAUAAGAGCCUGUGUAAAAAACAUAAGAAAUUGAUCACUCGCUGUUUAAUACGUGUGUCGAUUCAUCGUGUUGGUGAUGUUGCUGCCCUUGCUUGAAGUUACGCUGCCGCAUAAAUCGCACGUUGCGGUGUUACAGUCCCUUUUAGUGACGUGAAGCCACACUUUGGGCCGUUUCAGCCUCUGCCAUCGCGCCUUCCUUGCCGUCACGUGAUGUGAAUGACGCGCUUCGACGUAAAGAUUCUUCUUCUUUCGUUUUAUGGCGGUUGGCGAAGGUGCAUUUCAGCCAAACUUGUGGCCUGGAAUAUAAAGAUUCAACACGAAAAGUACCACUAAGGGGAAUCGAUAAGCAUGAAGAACCGGUUUAUCGAUGCACAUCUCUGUUGUUGACCACGCCGAUGGAUUCGUUCCAAAGUUGCUUAGUGGAUGUAAACGUCCAAAAAGGACAGUGCUUCCCUGAUUUUGGCAUUUGCAUUAGAGCCCCGCUCCACCUCAACGGAUGUCUCGGAGACAAAAAAUUGGUUCAGGCAGGUCACAGGUUCAGAGCUCAGCUCACAAGGCGUUACAUCUGCUCAUAGCUCAGCUAAAGCCUCGAUUUAGUCAACCUAAUUCAUGGCGCCUUAUCUAUUGGUGCUUAAGCCUGCCUACCUUUGCUGUUUCCCUUGCAAGCUGCUUUGCAACCCGCCUCCACCCCAAGCUCCUCCUUUUCUGCUGAAUCGCGGGGAUCUUUGCUGCUGCUGCAUCUAAGCUCAUAGAAAGGCAGAGAUGGUCCCAGAACAGAGCCAAACCAUCCCCCCCAAAACAGGUAUUUAUUGCCAAUAAAGUGGUCAUGAGCGAAAUAAUGGACUGAUGCUCCUCUUUGAGGCUUAAUGAUUAGCUUUGUUUCCUUUCUAACUAACCUAAGUAAAGCUAACAGGAUAUAGGACCUGUUAGCCAGCGGAGCAAAGUGAGGAAGUGCCUUCAAAGCACUGGGCUCACUUGAAUUUGAAGAACUAAAGAACAAUAUCAGCAAACCUAAAAUGAAAAGCCAUAGAGAGCGUCUGUUAAAGUCUAGCAGUAGGAGUUUUGCUAUUUCAAGUUAUAUUAGAUUAAAGUGCCACAAACAAACACAAAUUCGAUGCAGCCUACGUUGUCUAGAAGUCCAUUGGUAUUGAUGUUGAGAUGCUUUAAGGGGGCACAUGACCUGCCAGUGGCCAAUCACUGCCCAACAUCGUUCCAGUUGUCACAACUGAUGCCAAAGCUAAAGGAUUAUAACUAUUUAAAGCUUUUGAAAGAGUUUUUGAAAGAGCACUUACUGGAAAGUCUGAGAAGACUGGGAAGGGGGCAAUAAAAAAGCGUUUAGCGUGAACACAGGAACUCCACCAGAUUUGCAGCUACUGUACUUCUGACAUCACUUGCACUAAUAAAAAUCAUCGUAGGGAGGAGCGGCAUCCCUUAGCAUUGCAACCGAGAUUCCACCUUUAUUCAUUCACGAGCAAUAUGUGAGUAUGGGUCCAAUUUAUGUGUAUCCUGCAAAGCAUCAACAAAACAAAUAACAAUAAAAAAAUAAAUAAAAAAAAUUAAAAAAAAUCAAAUGUACAAUAGAUAAUCAAGUUUCCAGACCAAAUGCACAAUUAGUUGGCAAAAAGAAAUAAAAUAGAGACAUGCUUCUCGUAGGCGGGUUAGCUGCUGGAAUGUGAACUCUGGUUGAACAAGCAGAGGUUCUGUAGCAUUUUUGCAUUAGGACAAGUUAGAUAAGCACAAUUUGCUCAACAUGGUCGGUCAGUGUACAAUCACUUUUAAUCAUAGAUUGUAAAUAGUAUUUCAAGAUGUCCUAAGUACAUAUCUUUGUGUAUACAUACAUGUAUAUAAGACAUAUAACCAGAGACUAUUUGUGAGGUAUUCAUAUUUUCUCUAUCUCCGAUAUAGAUUACUUGUAUUUUCAUCUUGUUAGGCCGAAAAGCAAUUUUUUUUUCUUCCUUUUCUUUUCUCCAGUGUGUAUCUCUGUGUGUGUGUGUGCGUGUCAGAUGCUUGGUUUGUGACUUUUCUCGCUAUUUCAAAGAAAACCGUGUUUCAGGGACUGGCUUUAAAGAAACUGACAGAUGUCACCGCGAAACCCGCACGAGCCUCGCCCGUCGACGCGAGCCUCGUGGUGUUUGGAUCUUAAAUGAAUAUGCAAAGCCAUUUUUCGUCUCCCUGUGUUUCUCGUGCACAAGUGAUUCUUGACGGUGUGUGUACCUUAGCGUGUUUGUAACUGUGUUGCCUUAGUAAAAAAAGAAUUUUCCAGUAUUGUCUAGUUUUCCUCCAAAACUGGAGGGUUGUGCACUUUAGAGUAUACACAUGACCUAAUAACGUGCAAUGUCCGAUGGUUGUCUAUAAGUUAAUGUUUCAAAAAAGGAAAAAAAAAAAAAAAAUCUAUUUAAAAAAUGUAACUUAAGCUCUUUGGUGUGAAUGUGCCAUGAAUCAAGGGGUCUGUUUGAAAUUAUUAAGGCAUUUCUUUCUUUCGCUCUUUUCUUUUUCUGUAGAUAAUGUAAAGCUUCUUGUUAAACUGUCCAACAUCUCAUCAGGCUAAAGUUUCAAAUACUUCCUGAUCAUGUUCCCCCCCUGAUAAAAAUUGCACACUGUGACACGGAAAACAUCAGAGUUAUUAAGAUGACAAAGGAACCUCACUGUGGUAGUCUUGGAAAGUCAGACACUCUGUUUCUCUUGCUGCUGCUGCUGCUGCUAGAAAUGCUUCCUUUGCACGUGCAUGCGAUGCCUUGCCUAUCCAGCUUGUUUGAUGUACAGUCUCCUAUAUAUCUAUUUAUAUAUAUAUAAAUAUAUAUACAUAUAUACAGUGUAUGUAGCUCCUGUAAUUAGCUUUAGUGUCCAAUGUAUAGCUUAGCCUGUAGAUUAGUGCACUGUCGCUCUAGCCUUUACAUGUGAUCUCUUGUGUCUUGGGCUUCCUGUAAAGUUUCUCCGUGCUGCUAGCAUGCUAACCUCGCCUUGCAUUGUAACUCCUCUCCGCGCUUGACCUGACUUUCUCUAUCCUCCGUCUUUCUGCUUAAAGACCGUCGCAGCUCUAGAGCAUUAUAUCUAUAUGUGUGUGUAGUCCCUCAGCAUGUCUCUCUGAAAGCUCUUCUCUGCUCUGCUCCUGUGCGCCCUCUUCUCUCUUUCCUCUUCUGCUUCGCCCUCUGGUAGCAGUGGCAACGUUCUCCGCGCGCUUUCCUCUUCGCGGCUGCCCGCUGUCGCUCUGUUUCUCGUGUGUCUGAGGCGGUUGCGUUGACUCGUGUCACGGUGCCGCCGUUUUCUGGUUUUACCCCUGGCCCUUGACUCCAUGGGAUGUAUGGGAGGUAAAAUGAUUUGGAUCUGAUUGUCCGGCCCAGUGCAGGCAUCGUUAGACUUUGACAAAGAAGAUUGAAUUGACCCUAGGCUCUUGCUUAGAGGAAAUGUCGUUUGAGAGCAAUUAAAAACCCCUAGAACUCUGAGUGCAGUUUAUUUCACUGAAUAUGGUGCAGUUUUGAAUCAUAUAUUCUGCAGACUGCUGUGCUCGCUUCUCAGACAUUCAUUUGUCCUGAACUAUAUGUUACUCUUCUUGGGAAAAUAGAAAUAAAUAUUGUCAAAACAAA